AUGUCCGUCUGCUCCAGCGACCUGAGCUACAGCAGCCGCGUCUGCCUUCCUGGUUCCUGUGACUCUUGCUCUGACUCCUGGCAGGUGGAUGACUGCCCAGAGAGCUGCUGCGAGCCCCCCUGCUGCGCCCCCAGCUGCUAUACCCCGGCCUCCUGCCUGACCCUGGUCUGCACCCCAGUGAGCUGUGUGUCCAGCCCCUGCUGCCAGGUGGCCUGUGAGUCCAGCCCCUGCCAAUCAGGCUGCAGCAGCUCCUGCACGCCCUCGUGCUGCCAGCAGUCUAGCUGCCAGCUGGCUUGCUGCACCUCCUCCCCCUGCCAGCAGGCCUGCUGCGUGCCUGUCUGCUACAAGCCUGUGUGCUGUGUGCCCACCUGCUCUGAGGAUUCCUCUUCAUGCUGCCAGCAGUCUAGCUGCCAGUCAGCCUGCUGCACCUCCUCCUCCUGCCAGCAGGCCUGCUGUGUGCCUGUCUGCUGCAAGCCUGUCUGCUGCAAGCCUGUCUGCUGUGUGCCCAUCUGCUCUGGGGCUUCCUCUCUGUGCUGCCAGCAGUCUAGCUGCCAGCCGGCUUGCUGCACCUCCUCCCAAAGCCAGCAGGGCUGCUGCGUGCCUGUCUGCUGCAAGCCUGUGAGCUGCGUGCCUGUUUGCUCUGGGGCUUCCACUUCAUGCUGCCAGCAGUCUAGCUGCCAGCCAGCUUGCUGCACCACCUCCUGCUGCAGACCCUCCUCCUCCUUGUCCCUCCUCUGCCGCCCCGUCUGCUGCCGCCCGGCCUCCUGCGUGUCCCUCCUCUGCCGCCCUGUGUGCUCAGGUCAGAAGCCCAGCUGCUGAUGGACACGCCCCCCAGUGCCAGCCAGGCUCAGCUCCCACCUGGAAGCUGAUAGUCACAUCUUGAAUUGCUCCUGCACUUUGACCAUUUCCCGGUGUCUGCUAUUGAGCUGGACAAUGGAAGAACUGAAUGUCUAUACUCAAUGCUGCAGCCCUUUUGGGGGGGGGUGCUUCUAGAAAGUUCCCAAGGCAGUGGCCUCCCCUCCAUAUCUCCCACUUCUCGUGAGGGUCAGCUCAGCCUUGACCCGUGAGGUCUCUGUCCUCCUGGCUCAGAGCCCCAGAGCCUUCUUUGGAGGCCCUCAAACUGACCAAUAAAGGCCCUGAGACUGCAAUGGCGCUG